GUGUCCGUUCAAAGGGAGCUCAUUUCGUUCGCCUGGGUCGACCUCUUCCUCCUCGGUCUUUGCCAAAUGUUCAGUCGACGCAUUCCCAAGUCCUCAUUAUUCGAAUCCACCAACUCGAACAGAGACGGCACAGUGGAAGACGAAUCUUCCACUGGCUCAAAUCAUCACAUCAAACCAAAUGUGGAGUCGGUAGUUCAGGGCUUCGCUAAGGCCGAAGUAAACCCUGAAGAGUUUACCUAUCUUCGGUAUAUGGCCUUGUUUAAUUCGGUCGCUCUCAACUCAACCGAAUCUGAUUCGGUCACGUCCCUUGAACGCGUCCGAGACAUUGAGAACAGAAUCCAAGAAGAAUUUUCCCACUUUCUUCAAACACAAGUCCCACCCGAUACAAACCUACCACACGUGCGAUCGACAAAAUCCAUAAGCAGGGGACUACGACUCAUGGGUCUCAUGAACGGUUUUCGUCGGAUGAGCACGAGGGAUGUGGAAUCCGCCUUCUUCCCAGGUUUGAAUGAAACAGCCUCUAUACAACGGGCUUUGGAAAACUUUCUUCAACUUGAUCGACGCGGCGGCGUAGCCCAGGAACUGACUUCUGGAACAUCUCCCAGCCCUCUCCCGCCAAACAAGUGUAUCAAGCUAGAAGGCGAUGACACCCCCAGACCGUCUGAGCCUGAUGCCACUGAAGAGCCUCCUGCUGCCUCAGUCACUACCACCACCACUGAAUCUCAAAGCCUUACUGACGUGGGUUCCACUCAAGGCCAAGAAACAGUAAAUGGUGCUAAGGCAUGA